CUUCGGGCAAUAGGUCUGCGUCGCUGAAUUAGGUUUUAUUCUCUUAUCUCUACUGCAUAUUGUUUGAUCAUGUGCCGUUUCAUCGCCCAACCUGUAUGAACCUUAUCUUCCCCACCCGCUUUAAGCUGAGGUACCUCCGUGGACUUUCACACGUCCUCCUCACCUUUCUUCCACUAUGGACGGUUCAUUCAUGCCACCAGAACUAUUUAGCAAUGUUGGCGCCGAAAGAAUUUUGGUUCAGGGAACUGCAGACACGUACAAAGGAAAGGGAAGAGUCGAUGGUAUUAUUAAACUUGGUCCAGGAUUUGCAGGUCGCUGACUUCCCUCUAGAAAUCGAAUCGGAUGGAGACUGGUCUGAUUCCAGCGUGGAAAUCGAUAAAUCUCCGCUGAACCUACAUACCUUCUGCUGAACUGGAUAACAAGGUCUCUCGCUUUUCAGGUGAUUGUGGCCCUCAAUGGCAAGCACCAGCACCUACAGCAGUGGGUGCGAAUAAGAGUAUCCCGGACGAUGCGGAAAGGUGUCCCCUAGUCGAGAAUGUUUGCACCAGUCGUUGCACCCAGAUAGUCCAACUACUUCAGCGAGGAAU